AAGCGCCAUGCCCAAGAAGCCUGCGACCGCCAAGGGUGCCCCAGCUGCCAAAGCCACCAAGGCCGCGAAGGCUGUCAAGGAGGGGCUCAGGUCAAAGAAGCCCACGAAAGUGAGGAGGAACACCACCUUCCACCGCCCCAAGACCCUCAAGAAGCCCAGGGCCCCCAAGUACUUGCGCAAGUCUGCCCCCAAGGCUAACAAGCUCGACCAAUUCCAGAUUAUUAAGUACCCUCUAACUACUGAGUCUGCGAUGAAGAAGAUCGAAGACAACAACACCCUUGUCUUCAUCACCGAUGUCCGUGCCAAUAAGCGCCAGAUCUCUCAAGCAGUUAAAAAGAUGUACGAUAUUUCCUGCUCCAAGGUUAACACUCUUGUACGACCGGACGGGGUCAAGAAGGCAUAUGUGCGCUUGACACAGGAUUUUGAUGCUCUCGAUGUUGCCAACAAGAUUGGAAUCAUCUAAGCCAAUUUUUUGAAAAUAAAACUUGGAAAGGCGUCCAUG